AAGUUUCGGAGGAUUCUCGCGUUUCUCUCGCUCAAAAAACCAAGCACGUGUGAAAAAACCGAGUACGGCAUCCCUGUAGGUCGCGUAAUACUAGCGCAAUGUCAGUUUCGCCCAUCUUAGUUCCUCUAUCAAAAACAUUUUUCGAAAACUGAAGUUGGCGAAACAAGGUCACCAUUAGGUAUCCCACCGUCACUCCACUUUCGUGGAUAGAAUAAUUCAAUCUGGAAAAGAAACCAAACAUCGACCAAGAUCCAGGGCCAUGAUGUUCAAAGCAGCCUGUACCAUUUUACUUUGCACUCUUGCUGCAGUAAAUGCAGCUAAGGAUGAUGAGUACUAUCGUGCCGGAAUGGGAAACCCAAAUGUUGAUCUGAAAAUGUACUGGGCCGAUGCCCACAAUGUGAUCCAAGAUUUAGAUGAGUUCUCCUACCUAUACAUUCAGUACCACAACUGUGCUUGGACUCAAAAUAGGAACACAAACGAGGAGCAAGAGUCGGGAAGUGGGGACGAAACCGAUUACUGGUACAUGGGAGCUACUCCUUCGUAUGCAGCCAACGUAGCCUUUUCACUUUAUGGAUCGCUCAAGGGAGAAAAAUUCAAGGGUUGCAACGAAAACACCUUCAUUAACAGCUUCACCACCAACCAGGGGUUUGAAGGUUUUGCUUCCGCCAUCUACUACGCAGGAGCUACAUCGACGGAUUAUUCCGGAGUCUAUUCUUCCGAGUGCCAGGGUGGAGCUGGGAUUGCCUGUGAUUACGAUGUUGGCUUUGCAAGUGUGACGUACAGCACUGAUACCUGCAAUCCUGCGUAUGCCACUGGCAUUACGGACACACUUUCUUACAUGAACAGUGAUUUCAAAUCGGCGCAGUGUGUCAAGAUUUACGAUUACCAACAGAGUUACAAUUCGGGCAACCGAGAGCUCAAAAAAACAGAAAGCAAAAACGAAGCCGAACAAGAYGGCAAAACCGAGAUUGACGAAAAUACGGACAAGGAGGACCGUAAUCUUCAAAACAACUACGGAUACGGAUACAACAACUACGGUUACGACAGCUAUUAUGGCUACAACAACAAUUAUGACUACUCCGGAACGCCCCUCUCAAUCUUGUACUAUUCACACGCUUGUUUCAUCCAAAACUAUUGGGAUCCCGACGGUGGCUGCCCCGAUCCAUACGGCAAAUUGGAAUACUACCAAGAAAACUUUAACAAGGGUGUCCGCAUGUCGAUGAAAGUAGAUACAUACGUUAACUACCGUGCCAACAUGAAAAUCGGGCAGAGAUAUGUCGGGAUCGGUGUGUUCCUCUUUAUGACCGCAGUAGCAAUGCUCGCGACAGAACAAUACAUGGCCUACAAAGCUAAGAAGAGAACUAACAAGUCGAAAACUUCCGAUUCCCUAAUGAAGCCAGGUUCCCACAGGAAGAAAACUGUAGUGGAGCUGGUAUCUACGACGGGCAACAAAAUCAAGAAGAGUGUUCGGGGAUCUUCGAAGGGCAGAAAGAAGAAAUCGUCUAAGAAAAAGCCUACUCCUAACAAAGUCACCACUGAGGACUACGAUGCGCCAACACUUGAGAUGACUGACGCCUAAACUAGGGAAGCGAAAGCAGAAAGCCGGAUCGGGCUUUUUGGCCGCAAAAUUGGUGAAUCACCAAAUCAAUUACUAACUCAAAGCACUCGGGUCUUCUUAGUGGAGAGACCCAUAUCCUCUACCUGUUUCCAGUUUGAUAACAAAACUUAACCAAAUGUACUUUUAAUGUUCGUGUACUCCUCCCAAGAUAUUAUUGAUAGUAGCACAUGACUUCGCUUUCUUUGCGGAAAGCUGAACAGAGCUUUCAGACAAUAAUUUUAUAUCAUAAUU